UCAGUGUUUCGCUUGUACCUAGUCGCGAAGGGAAGUGUCCCGUGUUGUGUAUAAUUUUAGUCUGUAAACAAUGCCAGUUGCAGCCAUGCCAGCCAAACGCGGUGGGCUGAUCACAGACUACUUUAAAACGGUGAAGAAAGUGAGGAAGGAGGACACCCAGAGGAAGUCUCCACCACCACCAGAGCCAGAGUCAGAGAGUCCGCAGUUGUCAGAGAGAGAAAGAGAUCUGCUGGAACUGAAGAACUUUGACUUGGACUGGCGCUUUGGGCCUUGCACUGGCAUUAGCCGACUGCAACGCUGGGAGCAAGCACUGCUGCAUGGGUUAGACCCUCCUCAGGAGAUCAGAGAACUGCUGCUGAGCAGAGAGAAUGACCCUGACUACUCACACUGCUUGUGGCGUGACUACGCCCUGUGAAGAAAGUGGUGCCUGAGUGAAGAGGAUAAUGAGCGACGAAGAAAAUGAUUGUUCCCAUGCUCCCUUUUUACACUUUCUACACUACAGUUUUCUAAUAAAAGUUUGACUUGAAGUAGAA